AUGGCCUCGUCUCGGAGCUUAGCUCUUGCGCUCCUCUUCGGCCUCCUCUCUUGCUACGCAUCCGUCGUCCCUUCCCUAGCUUCCUCCCACGGCUUCCUCCAAUGCCUCUCCGCAGCCAUACCCAAGCCUCUGCUGCACACCCAGAGCUCGCCAUCGUUUACGUCGGUCCUGGUGUCCACCAUCCGGAACCCCAGGUUGUUCACGCCUAGCACGGUGCGGCCGCUCUGCAUCGUCACAGCGAUCAACGCCUCCCACGUCCAGGCCGCCGUUGUCUGCGGCCGCCGGCACGACGUGCGCAUCCGCGUGCGCAGCGGCGGGCACGACUACGAGGGCCUCUCGUUCCGGUCCGAGCGGCCCGAGGUGUUCGCGGUGGUCGACCUUGCCAACCUCCGCUCCGUGCGCGUCAAUGGGAAGGCGGCCACCGCGACGGUGGAGUCCGGCGCCACGGUCGGGGAGCUCUACUACGCCAUCUCCAAGGUGAGCGACAGGCUGGCCUUCCCGGCGGGGCUGUGCCCGACGAUCGGUCUGGGCGGCCAUCUCAGCGGCGGCGGGUUCGGCAUGCUGCUGCGCAAGUACGGCGUGGCCGCCGACCACGUGCUGGACGCCACGCUGGUCGACGCCAACGGGAAGCUCAUGGACAAGCAGGCCAUGGGGAGGGACGUCUUCUGGGCCCUCCGCGGCGGCGGCGGCGAGAGCUUCGGCAUCGUGCUGUCGUGGAAGGUGAAGCUCGUGGCCGUCCCGCCCAAGCUGACCAUGUUCCGCGUCCCGAGGUCCGUCGACGAGGGCGCCGUCGACAUGCUAACGAAAUGGCAAGAAAUCGCGCCGGCUCUCCCGGAAGACCUCUUCAUAAGGGUGGUCGUGUCGAAGCAGGUGGCCGAGUUCCAGUCCAUGUACCUGGGCACCUGCGACACGCUGCUGCCAUUGAUGCGCGGCCGCUUCCCAGAGCUCCGCCUGAACCGGGCGCACUGCAGGGAGAUGACGUGGAUCCAGUCCGUGCCAUACAUCUACCUGGACAGCACCGCCACCGUGGAGGACAUCCUCAACCGGACCACCUCCAUGGACACCUUCAACAAGGCCACCUCCGACUUCGUCCACCGGGCCAUCGCCAGGGACGUGUGGGUGAAGAUCUUCGCCUGGCUCGUCAAGCCCGACGCCGGGAUCAUGAUCAUGGACCCCUACGGCGGUCAGAUCGGCAGCCUCCCGGAGUCGGCGACGCCGUUCCCGCACCGUGCCGGCGUGCUCUACAACAUCCAGUACAUGAACUUCUGGUCCGCCGACACCGACGGGUCGGCGCAGACCAGGUGGCUCAAGGACUUCUACGCCUUCAUGGCGCCCUACGUGAGCAAGAACCCCAGGGAGGCGUACGUGAACUACAGGGACCUCGACCUCGGCAGGAACGUUGUUGUGGGCAACGUCACCAGCUACACGGCCGCUAAGGUUUGGGGCGACAAGUACUACAAGGGCAACUUCAAGAGGCUCGCCAUGGCCAAGGGCAAGGUGGAUCCUCACGACUACUUCAGGAACGAGCAGAGCAUCCCACCACUACACUAG